GUCAUUCAUAAACGAUUGAUAAUACGGAAUUUUCAAUCAAUCAGUCGGCAAAAUGGCGUCAGUGAUGGCGUUUGUGUCGGUCGCAGUGUCUAUAUUAUACACGCCGUUUCUUCUUCUAAUAAUAUGUGUGAUAUUUCUCGCCUCUAUUGGAAAAUCUUUGGGUGUCAGACGGCUGUAUGUGAACAUAUUACUUAAACUUUUCGAGUAUGGAAGGCAACACAUUGAAGUUGCGAAGAAGCUGCAAAGGAGCGAUAGUUCCGACGAGGAAGAAACUCCAACGCCUGAUGAUAAGCCACCAUCAGCUAUCAUCAAAGAAAAUGGUAUCAAUGGCACGAAGACCUGCGUGAUAGAACGUCAGGAGAUCCUGGGACCGUCUCCAGAACUUAACUACAAGAGAAGUUCCAGUCAGGAAAGAGUUCAGAAUGACCAUCGAACAGAUCAGACUGGGAAGUUGGAGACGAACCUCGAGUUCCAUCUCCACCACUGCAUGGAUCUGGUGAAGGCUGGCAUGGAGUCUAUCAUCGAAGACCAGGUGACAUCCGUCUUUGAAGCCGAGGAGCUCAGGAGUUGGAACUUACUGACCAGGACUAACAGACAAUACGAAUUUCUAACGUGGCGUUUAACGAUAAUAUGGGCGAUGGGGUUCGUGGUGAGGUACUUCUUUUUGCUGCCCUUGAGGGUUCUGAUCUUCGUUAUUGGGGUGAUCUUCAUGGUAACAUCAAUGACGCUAAUCGGACUGUUGCCAGAGUGCAAGCUACGUCGUUUCCUCGGAGCGAUCGCAUAUAAAAUAUCGAUAAGAACGCUAAUGCGUGGAAUGUCCUGUGUUACAAAUUUCCACGAUUUACAAUAUAUGCCCCAAGCGAACGGCUUCUGUGUUGCCAACCACACGAGUCCGAUCGACGUCGGCGUUUUGAGUAUCAACACCUGUUUCUCAUUGGUGUGGUGGUUGAUCGUAUGUACAGCGUGCGUUGGUACAUUACCGGACGGGAAGUUAAAACAAAGGCUGAACAACGCGCUAUCGCUAGUUUGCUUCAAUUUCUUGUCUCGGUGCAUAUCGGCCGUGAUAACGUAUCACAACAGCGAUCAUAAGCCCCGUAGCGGGAUAUGUGUCGCGAAUCACACGAGCCCCAUCGACGUUUUGGUGUUGAUGUGCGAUAGCUGCUAUUCGUUGAUCGGCCAGAGACACAAUGGUUUUCUAGGGCUCCUACAGAGGGCCCUCGCUCGGGCUUCGCCCCAUAUCUGGUUUGAGAGGUCCGAGGUUAAGGACAGGCACGCGGUGGCGAGGAGAUUAAAAGAACACAUAUCGGUAGCCGAUAACCCACCGAUCCUAAUUUUCCCUGAGGGUACCUGCAUCAACAAUACGUCUGUGAUGCAGUUCAAGAAGGGUAGCUUCGAAGUCGGAGGCACGAUAUACCCAGUUGCUAUCAAAUACGACCCGCGCUUUGGUGAUGCAUUCUGGAACAGCUCUCGCUAUGGAAUGCUCCACUAUCUUCUGAACAUGAUGACAUCGUGGGCGAUAGUCUGCGACGUGUGGUAUUUACCCGCCAUGCACAGGGAGCCGGGAGAAAAUGCGGUCGAUUUUGCUAAUAGGGUCAAAUCGGUGAUAGCUAGGCGUGGAGGGCUGGUGGAUUUGAUGUGGGACGGCCAACUGAAACGCAUGAAGGCUAAGAAGGAGUGGAGAGAGUUACAGCAAGAGGAGUUCAGUAAGAGAUUGAAAGGGGAGUAAACGGAGUGUGAGAGUUAUCAAGUGUCAAGUUCUGAACAAUAUGUCUUGUACCGAUGUAGGGAGUUGGAAGAGUUAGAGGGAGUUGAAAGUUUCAUUGGCCUGUUUGUAAGUUGGUUUUUUUUUUAAUAUGAAAACGAUCCGAAUAUAAUAUCUUAUAACGACU